AUGCGUUCUCGGAUGAUGACCCUCAAGCGAAGACGCAGAGGCCAUCGAUAUGGCAAGAUACACAUGGAAGUGGAUAUUUUGCCUCUUGAUUUAAUUUAUGACAUUCUGUCUAGGCUUCCCAUAGAAUCAAUCAUGAGAUGCAUAAGUAAAAAUAAGCUAGAUCCUGUAAUCAUAUGUAACCCAGUAACAAAAGAGUGCCUGAUUUUGCCAUUGCUUGGGUUAGAAGAAAAUUUUCUCGGUCAUCAAAUUGGUUUUGGCGUUGAUCCAUUAUCUGGUCAAUACAAAGUUGUGCGAGCAUACAGAACCAACAACAAAUAUUUCAUUAGUGGGUUUCAAAUAAUUACGCUCGGAGAAAGUUCAUGGAGACAAUUAAAGAGACCUGGUAUUGCACUUGAAGGUGACUGGGAUUCAGUUGUAUGCUGGAAUGGGGCUCUCCACUGGAUAAUCAAGGAUAGAAAUCGCAAAAGUCAUAAAGUGAUCCUUGCUUUCAGUUUAGAGGAUGAGGGGUUCUACACUAUUUCAUUUCUCAUCAGGCAAAGGGUCAGGGGGACGUUUAAUUUUAAAGAACAUGAGGUUCAUCUAAUGAAUAUAUGGGAAAUUAGUGGUAGUAGACUCGAAGGAUUUUCUGUUAGCUUCAAGCGUACAUAUGAUUCCUCUAUGCAGUGGAACAAGUAUCUCAACUAUGUAUCGAUCCUCAACUCCGAAUUGAAAAUUUUCUUGCUACUGGUACACUGUACUAAUCAGGAAGGCAUGAAAAGGAGUUGGUUCGUGCGUUUUUUCAUUGAAAUCGCUCAGUAUUCCCAUCAAGAUAUCACCGGCCUUCCUGACCAAUUUGGGAUUAUUCAUUUCAACCCUAGCCUUGUCUCUCCCAUUGCAGCGUCACUCGUUUCAAAAUCAGCCUCAUCUCUCAAAGAGCUGCUUCGCUUGGUUUCUAACGAAUGGAGAACAUGGAGCGGUUAUGCUGUUUUAAAGCCAGAACUAUUGGAGCAGCUUCGCUCGGAAUCUGGCAACUAG